AUGUACGACGCGCCAUUUUCGCACAAGACAAACACAGCAUCCCUCGCCCAACUCGAUCAAUGCAUCGUCCAGUUGCUUCUCCACGCGAGCACCCUCGGACCUGUGUUUGUCUUGUGCGAAAAUGGCGCGUCGUACAUUGAAACGCUGUGUGCGGCGUGCUUACCUGGCUGUGCGCAACUGUUUUCGUCGCCCCAGCACUACGCGCGCAUUCAGCUUAUCUGCGCCGCCACGGCACUCACUCCGGCGUGGCACGGCCAGAUUCUCCAGAUGAUUUGCACACAGCGUCUACCGGCGAGUGCGUCGUACGGUUUGGUCGUCGUCGGGGGCGAGGGACUGCGUCGGGGCUGUCAAGAGCUGGCCAGCCACGCGCAUGUGGUUUUGCCCAAGGUGCUCAAGGUGGCGGACUCGUCAGCUGCAAGCAUGCCGGCGAUCCUCCAUCGUCUCGUGGGGGUGGGCAAACAACUCGGGGCCCUGCUUGCAUACCGCGACCCGUUGGACUUGUCUAUUUAG